UACACGUCACGGGGCAACCGCCGGGGCAACGCUUGUCAAGAUAUUCGAGUUCUGUGAACUUCUGUCUCAGCAACCGUCGUACCCUACUUAGAACCCGCACUCACGCCCAGGCCAUCAUCCUUCCUUUCUCUUCUCAUCCAGUCCCUGCUUUACCAGUAAUACACAGGGCCUAUCUGUACACCUUUUACCUCCUUCAGAGCUUGCCCUCCUCUCAACAUUCAUUUAUCAUAUCCUUGUAUUGAUUCUCCACCAAACUUUUGCGAUUACACCCCCGGCAGGGUGGAAGAGAAACCAUUAGUCUUUUUGUUUUUGGUGAAAGGAUGCACAAUUCUGUAACGCAAUCAUCCCAUUCGACUUCAUCCGUCGCCCCAGGUGUUGCAGCUGGCAUCUCUGUUGAUCCCAGAUUUUUCCGUGAAUCAGCGGCCAUGAUUGGCCAAGGGCCUAUCACCCCUCCCAUCUCUCCAGGUCACAACGAAGAUGAUACCGCAAAUGCGAUGGCUCUGGAUAAACAAGCACCCACAAAUUAUCCCCCAGAUCAAGUUCAACGCCCUUCCUUUACCGGCAGCACUUCUACUCCAAUGUGGCAGCAGCCACAGGUUCCUGUCUUAGCUCCACAACCUAGGUCACCCGCAAGACCACCUGCGAGGUUGUUAGAGGAUGAAGCAGUUCAUGUAGAGAGGCGGGGUGUGCUUAGGCUGCUCGAUCUCGAGGUCAAAGGCGCUCUCGGUACCGGUACUUUUGGGAGAGUGUUCCUAGUCCGCCUCAAGACAGCAACUUCAGGGUCUCAAAAUAUUUUUGCAAUGAAAGUGUUGCGCAAAACCGAGAUUGUGCGCCUCCGGCAGGUUGAACACGUCAACGCAGAGCGCUACAUUCUUUCACGUGUGCGCCAUCCAUUCGUAGUGGACCUAUUUGCAACAUUUCAAGACAGUCUCAACAUUUACAUGUUGAUGUCUUAUGUUCCUGGUGGUGAACUGUUCACCCAUCUCCGACGGGCGGGCCGUUUCACUCCCGACGUCACCCGGUUCUAUCUCGCUAACAUUAUCCUCGCCCUCCAGUAUUUACACUCCUUUAACAUCAUAUAUCGUGAUCUCAAGCCCGAAAAUCUACUCCUGGACUCUCGAGGCUAUCUACGACUCACCGACUUUGGAUUUGCGAAGAUUGUCGACGACCGUACUUGGACUCUUUGUGGUACGCCUGAGUACCUUGCCCCAGAAAUCAUCCAGUCAGACGGUCACGGAAAGGCCGCGGAUUGGUGGGCAUGUGGUGUCUUGUGCUACGAGAUGCUGGUCGGCUACCCACCAUUCUUUGAUGAGACCGCUUAUGGUAUCUACGAGAAAAUUCUACGGGGCAAUAUUCACUGGCCACGCACCAUGGAUCGGCUCUCUAAAGAGCUUAUCAGAGCGUUCUUACAUCCUGACCGAAGUAAACGUCUUGGUAAUAUGAUAGGUGGACCACAAGACAUUCUCCAUCAUCCUUGGUUCCGAGGCGUUGAUUGGGAAGCGUUGGAACGAUGCGAGAUCAAGGCACCGAUCAUCCCACACACGACGUCACUGGAUGACACUCGUCAUUUCUUGAAUCUUCCUCACCCAACCCUCGAAGACAUGCCCGGGCUCGUCAUGGAAGAAGCCCCUACUCCUCUCCAUCGACGCUUUGACCCUAUAACGUACCAAUUUCUUGAAUUCUAAUCCGAGAUCCAGAUUAUUUAUCCCAGCUCGAUUUUCAGGCUGAUCUAUAGCAUAAACAUUUCUCCGUUGUCUCACCUGAUUUCUCCUCUCUUUCACAGCCUCUUUCUGUGUCCUUAGUUACCCUUGCAUAGGAUAUCAUCGGUGAGCCACCCAACCGAUACCCUCUGUUUUGUCGUUCUGCGAUCCGUCUCGUAUGUAGCUUUGAUCCUGCCAUAUGCUGUAUCAUUCCUGUCGUGUUUGUAUUGAACAACCGAACGUCUUGAAACUAUUUAUUUGAUCUUGAACUCUCACCUGUAGAUAUGAUUGGCUGUGUUUAUUCAAUGUAAUCAGAGUUCGAAUAAACAAAAACCUGUUUCAUUCUGACAGAUUCUGACAAAUUGUCUGGCCUGGUUGUUUAGGCUUGUUG